GCAUUUGAAUAAAUCGGAUUUUGAUGACAUAGUCAAUGCCCUUGUGCAAAAAUAACUCAUAUCUGUCAAACUUGUAUUUAAAGAAGUUCUAAUUGCAUUUUGAACAAAAGUUCUCAGCUUAUUUGUUCACCUUGUUGCUAUUAAAUAAGGUAAGGUAUUUUUAAAGAAACCUGAACUUUAUAAGCUGAAAAAACGUAUCAAAUUAAUAGGUGAAGGUUGAGGUGAUCCUAGGUAAAACUUAAAGUUAAUCAGGUGUUCUCGGCCAUAAAAGGGCCUCGCUUGGGCUGGCCUAAUUAUCCUUCAGGUAAAGCUCACCGACAGGUAAGGGACAGUCCGCGGAGGGAGAAGAAGACCGGAGAAGCCCCCUGCGUUUCUCCCUUUUCGUGGCAUAUAAGUUUGAGGGAUGAAGGAUUGCAGCUGUCAGAGGCAAUCGAACCACGAGAUCGUCUACAACAUGGGCAAUGUUAUGGAUCGCAAGGUGUCCUGUGCGGAGGCACGAGUCAAUGUUGCUGCAACAUCACCGAAUUCCCCUUCUCCGCUGACUCUCAAGGAGCCGGAAAAACUGGUGGGCAAAGGUCCAGAGGAGGAGCCAACGCCACAGCCGCAGAUGGCCUCAAACUUGACUUUUCACCUGUACACCUAUCGCCAGCAAAUGGGCUACAAGAAGCACCAGGUGAUGAAGUGGGCCACCUCGAAGCUCCUGCUCACCGAGGAGCUGCUCAAGCUUCACAGACAGACAACGUCCACGUCCUGGACCGAUUUUGAGAUGACAGACGACGAGGAGGACUUGGAGGAUGUGGAGAACCAUGUUCCCGCACGGGAUAAUAACGAUAAUGAUAAUCUUCUGGCCCAGGAGCUUUGCAAUUUGAAGAACUAUCGCCUGUCGCUCAGGGGCACCAUACUGGAGGUGGCCCAGGAGAAGAUGAAGAAGCGCGAAAAGAAGAAGCUGAAGCGUUUAAAACGUCGCACCCUGAUCUCCUCCAAAAAACCCAGUAAUAAGGACAAGCAGAAACUCUGGCAAUAUCCCAGCCCAUCAAUGCCGCUACUGGACGAGGAGGAGGAGGAGCAUCAACGGAAGCAGGACGCACAACCGGAGGUCAUUGUCAUCGACUAAGAUAGUUCCCAGUUAAUAGUUUUAAGCCUAAGCCUAAUCUAGUCGUUGUCCUCGUUCUAAUUUGUACAUAGUUUGCUAGUCUGUUUUAAUGGCCAUUUAAAUGGUUCAGCCAACAUAAAUAUUCUUACACGAAUUGUAACUAGUUUGUUGUUAAUUGACUCGUCCUGGCCUGGCCCAAAUCAAAGUUCAAUGAGCCCGGCGAGUGUCCUGGUGCUGC